GAUCUCGCCAUUACCCUGUCUCCAGCCUGGCUUAUCAGCCUUAAUUAGUACAAGCUUUUUUUUUUUUUUCCUUUAACGAACGUUUUUCUUCUUAUUUCAGAUGAUUUCUUUUUCUAGUGUUUAUUAUUCUGAGUGCUUUUGUAAGACCUGAGUCCGUUCUCAGGCCAAUCUCUGAAGGUCGAUCAUGAUUUAUUUGCUGAAGGUGACCUCUUCAUAAGCUCAGUGAAGCCGCCAGUCACUGGAGUUGGCCUUCCUUGAGUGUUCUCCCUGUCUGAAGCUCAGAUAAGCACUUCCAUCCAUGGUAGUUAUCCUUGUGACAGGCUUCGGAGAAUUUGUUUUCCCAUCUCCGCAUCCUGCUCUACUGGUAGCACAAGAACGUACCAGGCUCCUGGCCAGAAGCUGGAGGGGGCUUGGCCAAUAAGAAGGAGAAACGACGGAGCUGUGCUUUCUACCUCUGAGACAGAAAUGUCUGCAGACGGCAGAGCCGCCCAGGCCACCCAGGACGAGGAGAGAGCCCGAGAGCAACCAGAACCUAGAUCAGAGAAACAGAUCGCCUCAACGAGCAGGUGUAAGGACAAGCACAAAUCAAGAGCAGAUCUCCCUCAGCUCAUCAUGGGCUUACAUCCUCAUAAACCCGCUGUCACAUUGUGAGGUUCCAGGCAGACGUGAAAUUUGGGGGACACCAUUCAGCCCACCGCACUUGGUGUCCUCUAACAUGAAAGGGGAACCGUCCACACUGCUGUGGGAGGUUCCAGGUCAUGGGCAUCCUCGUCAAGAAAUGCUUUCUGAGUCAGAGGAGACGGUGCCUUUGGAAGCUGCUCAGGAGUCUCCCCACAUCAAGACGGAGCCGGAAGAGCCACAGCCUGAGGGGGCAUCGCAGGGGGCCGGGGCCCGAGGAGAGCAGGGCUGGGUGUCCCUAAGCCAGGGCUCUAAGGACAAAGCUCUUUUCCUGCCCGGAGGAGCCCUCCCCUCCCCCCAGAUCUCUGUGCUGUCUCGUGAGGGGAGGACCAGAGACCGGCAGAUGGCUGCGGCGCUCCUCACCGCCUGGUCCCAGAUGCCGGUGACCUUCGAGGACGUGGCCCUGUACCUCUCCCGGGAGGAGUGGGGGCGGCUGGACCACGCGCAGCAGAACUUCUACAGGGACGUCCUGCAGAAGAGGAACGGGCUGUCCUUGGGGUUUCCCUUCAGCAGACCUUUCUGGGCCUCCCAAGGACAGGGCAAGGGUGAGGCCUCGGGCUCCUGCCGGCAGAUGGGAGAUGAGGAGAAGACAGGAGCCAUUGAGGUGGGGAAGGAGGAGCCGGCCCCAUCCCCGGCAGCCCUCCGGGACGCGACGUCCUUCCGAAGCAGGGUGGGGAGAGCGCAGGGGAACGGCCUGCCUCGCGGGCAGCAGGUGGCCAGCGGCCAGAGCUCAGGGGCGGCCAGAGACGAUGCGCAGCCGGGCCCCCCAGACGAGAGGCCGGCGAAACUGGCCCCGCCCGAUGCCAGCCUGGCGAAAGCCCCGGAGGGCCGCCUCCCAGAGAAACCCAGAGAGGGGCGGACGGCCACCCCCGAGGGCAGCGAGGAGGGCCUGGCCCCCGACGGGGACGCGGGCAAGAAGACGUACACGUGCGAGCAGUGCGGCAAGGGCUUCAGCUGGCACUCGCACCUGGUGACACACCGGCGCACGCACACGGGCGAGAAGCCCUACGCCUGCACGGACUGCGGCAAGCGCUUCGGCCGCAGCUCGCACCUCAUCCAGCACCAGAUCAUCCACACGGGCGAGAAGCCCUACACCUGCCCGUCCUGCUGGAAGAGCUUCAGCCACCACUCGACGCUCAUCCAGCACCAGCGCAUCCACACAGGCGAGAAGCCCUACGUGUGCGACCGCUGCGCCAAGCGCUUCACCCGCCGCUCGGACCUGGUCACCCACCAGGGCACCCACACGGGCGCCAAGCCCCACAAGUGCCCCAUCUGCGGCAAGUGCUUCACGCAGAGCUCGGCCCUGGUCACCCACCAGCGCACGCACACCGGGGUCAAGCCCUACCCGUGCCCCGAGUGCGGCAAGUGCUUCAGCCAGCGCUCCAACCUCAUCGCGCACAACCGCACGCACACGGGCGAGAAGCCCUACCACUGCCUCGACUGCGGCAAGAGCUUCAGCCACAGCUCGCACCUCACCGCCCACCAGCGCACCCACCGCGGCGUCCGGCCCUACUCCUGCCCGCUCUGUGGCAAGAGCUUCAGCCGCCGCUCCAACCUGCACCGGCACGAGAAGAUCCACACCACCGGGCCCAAGGCCCUGGCCGUGCUGAUGCUGGGGGCGGCGGGGGCCCUGGCGGCACCCCCGCCGGCUCCCACUUAGGAGGCGGGGUGGGGGGGUGGCCGUGGGGGA